AUGAGCACAGGAAAUGAACAAGCAAAAAAAGUUUCUAAAACCAUUUCAAAAGGUGCACCAACAGAAAUCAAAAAAAUAACAAAAUCAAAUAAAUUAACAAAAGAUGAAAAACCAUUAUCACCUGUAUCAGAAACAUUAAAAUCAAAAAAAAAAGGAACCACAAAAACUACUACUACUACUACUACAACAACAACAACACCAACAGAAACAGAAACAAAAAUAACAAAAUCAAAUAAAUUAACAAAAGAUGAAAAACCAUUAUCACCUGCAUCAGAAGAUAUAGAUUUAGAUUCAUUAUUUGAUUUAAAAAAACAAAAAAGAAAAGAAAAUAAAGUUAUUAAACAACAAGAAUUAAAAGAAAAAGAAAUUGAGGAAGCAACCACAAAGAUUUCAAAGAAAAAGAAAAAUGUAGAUGAUAAAGAUGACUUUUUUGAUAGUAGAGGUGUUAAUUUCAAAGAAAGAAAAAUAAUAGAUGGUUUACCAGUUUUUAGUGAAGAAGAAUUAGGUUUAAAUAAACCAUAUGCUGAUGGUGAAACUUCUGAAUGUCCAUUUGAUUGUAAUUGUUGUUAUUAA